AUGUUGGCUAGUUCCAUCUACGUGUUCCUCGCAUCAGCUGGCCUGAUCGAGGCUUCUCUGUUCGGCGCGACGCACGACUCUGUCAAGCAUCACCCUCGAGAUAUAUUCGCCCGGCAGAACCAGGCAAACUGCUUGCAAAAGAACUUGAUCCAGAGCGCCAGUGGUCGUACCGGUCAGGAGCAGGGCACCGCAGGCAUCAAGGCCGGACAGUCGCCGUCCGCAACCGAUGAUGACAACUUUAUCAACUUUUGCAAGGGCCAGACCAUCACCAAUGGCGUCCAGAUCAAGACGGGGUCUUGCAACGGCGUUCCCAUGGGCAAGCUCCCCAGCGUCGACAACAUGAUCUCCGCCAUGAUCACGAACCCGCAGCCGGGCAAGACCAUCCCGGCCGAGACGACGUUCAACAUUUCGGUCCAGGUCGCCCACCUCAAGGCCGGCGUGUUUGUCAACCCGACGACAAACUACUACACGGCGCCCCAGGACCUCGACAGCCGCGGCGACAUCAUCGGCCAUUGCCACGUCACCGUCCAGUCCAUCGGCUCACUCGACUCGACGACGCCGCCUGACCCCAAGCUGUUCGCCUUCUUCAAGGGCAUCGACGACGCCGGGAACGGCCAGGGCUUGCUGCAGGCCGUCGUCACGGGCGGGCUGCCGGCUGGCGUGUACCGCGAGGAGGCGGCGGUGGCCAAGGACAGAACCAGGGUGCCCAGGGUCAAGGUCAAGGUCAAGGAAAGGGCAACCAGAACCAAGGUGCCCAGGGUCAAGGUCAAGGUCAAGGCCAAGGAAAGGGCAACCAGAACCAAGGUGCCCAGGGUCAAGGCCAAGGCCAAGGCCAAGGAAAGGGCAACCAGAACCAAGGUGCCCAGGGUCAAGGCCAAGGCCAAGGCCAAGGAAAGGGCAACCAGAACCAAGGUGCCCAGGGUCAAGGCCAAGGCCAAGGCAAGGACAACAACGGCCAGACUCAAGGAGGCCAGGGCCAGGCUAAGGGCGGCAAGGGGCGACAAUGGUCAAGGCCAAGGAAAAAGGGUCAAGGCAAAGGACAACAACCGGCCAGACUUCAAGGUGGCCAGGGCCAAGCUUAAGGGCAACAACGGUCAAGGACAAGGCCAGGGGUCAAAGGCAAAGGACAAUACCGGUAAGAUUCAAGGUGGCCAAGGCCAGGCGAAGGACAACAACGGCCAGACUCCAGGAGGCCAAGGCCAGACGAAGGACAACAACGGUCAAGCUCAGGGUAGUCAGGGCAAGGCUAAGGACAAUAACGGUCAAGGACAAGGCCAGGGUCAAGGCAAGGACAACAACGGCCAGACUCCAGGUGGCCAGGGCCAAGCUAAGGGCAACAAUGGUCAAGAACAAGGCCAGGGUCAAGGCAAAGACAACAAUGGUCAAGGACAAGGCCAGGGUCAAGGCAAGGACAACAACGGCCAGACUCAAGGUGGCCAGGGCCAAGCUAAGGGCAACAACGGUCAAGGACAAGGCCAGGGUCAAGGCAAGGACAACAACGGCCAGACUCAAGGUGGCCAGGGCCAAGCUAAGGGCAACAACGGUCAAGGACAAGGCCAGGGUCAAGGCAAGGACAAUACCGGUAAGACUCAAGGUGGCCAAGGCCAGACGAAGGACAACAACGGCCAGACUCCAGGAGGCCAGGGCCAGGCGAAGGACAACAACGGUCAAGCUCAGGGUGGUCAGGGCAAGGCUGAGGACAACAACGGUCAAUCUCAAGGCAACUACGGUCAGACUCAAGGUGGCCAGGGCCAGAUGAAGGACAACAACGGUCAAGCUCAGGGUGGUCAGGGCAAGGCUAAGGACAAUAACGGUCAGACUCAAGGUACCCAGGGAAAGAUUGAGGCCCAGUCUGGAAUUUACCUGAACAGUACACAAGGCGGCGGUUACCGGUUCCAAGGCCGCCCAGAUCCCGCAAACGGUGGUAAGGGAAACCAAGCUGCUGCAGGUCCUGUUCAGGGUGGCCGAGGCCAAGCUUCGUCGCAAAACAGGGGCGGUGCCAACCAAGGCAACCUGUACACUGGCAAUCCGCGGAACGGAACAGAUGUCAAGGCAGCACAGGACCCGGCCACAUCUGAGAGCUGUGAUUAUUGA